AUGACCCUCGACGUUUCUCCUGGGAUCACCCAGUUCACCAAGGACAACGGCUGCGCGCUUUUCGGUUUUGAAGGCUGCUCGUACUGCACCCAAGCCAAGGACCUCUUCAAGUCCAAAGGCGCUCACGUUGGCUACUGUGACAUUCAAGAUUCCUCGACGACGCCGACGGACCAAGAGAUCUUUCGCGCCCUCGAGCGCCGCACGAAUCUAAACACGUUCGUCGGCGGCAUGAGCGCGUUGAAACAGCUACAGAGCAGCGGUCGUCUGGACGCGGCGCUGGCGGAGGCCGGUUGCACCAACCAGCCCACGACCAAGCCCACGACCAAGCCCACGACCAAGCCCACGACCAAGCCCACGACCAAGCCUACGACCAAGCCUACGACCAAGCCCACGGCCACGCCCACGACCAAGCCCACGGUCAAGCUCACGCGCAAGCCGUCGCCCAAGCCCACGACCCAACCCGGAGCGCAGCGCAACGGAACUUUGUCGGAUGCGUAG